AUGAAGUUGCUCGCAUCUCUGGCGCUGAGUGCGACCGCCUUGGCCGCCGUCAUUCCCCAACAGGCGCCGCUGGGUUCCUCCAUUGUACACAACACACAACAGACCAAGUAUUUGAUCGAGCUUGCGCCUUACCAGACUCGAUGGGUGACCGAAGAGGAGAAAUGGGCUCUGAAGCUGGACGGCGUCAACUUCAUCGAUGUCACUGAUGAGUUCCAUUCCGGGGCCUACGGGGCCAUACACACGUCGCGUGUGGUCAAGUACCCCAGCGCAAUGUCACACGAGCAGGAAAUCCGUCCACUCGCGGGAGACCUCAACAAGGACAACAUGAAGAAGAACCUCGAGCACUUCACCUCCUUCCACACCCGGUACUACAAAUCUGAUUAUGGCCGACAGUCCGCCGAGUGGUUAUAUUCCCAAGUGAGCGCGGUGGUGCAAGAGUCGGGGGCGACCGAGCACGGAGCUUCGGUGGAGCGCUUUGCUCACCCGUGGGGCCAAUUCAGCAUCAUUGCCCGCAUUCCCGGCCAAUCUAACAACACGGUGGUCUUGGGCGCUCAUCAGGACAGCAUCAACCUGUUCCUACCCUCCAUCUUGGCUGCUCCCGGUGCGGACGAUGAUGGCAGUGGAACGGUGACCAUCCUCGAGACUCUGAGGGCCCUGCUGCGGUCCGAGACCAUCGUGACGGGCCAGGCGGCCAACACGAUCGAGUUCCACUGGUACUCGGCAGAGGAGGGAGGUCUACUGGGCUCGCAAGCGGUGUACUCUAAGUACAAGAAGGAUUCACGUGAGGUCAAGGCCAUGUUGCAACAGGACAUGACCGGCUACGUCCAGGGCACUCUGGACGCGGGUCAGAAGGAGUCGGUGGGCGUGAUUGUCGACUACGUCGAUCAGGGUCUCACCAAGUUUAUCAAGCAGGUCAUCACUACCGUAAGUAUCUCGCCUAUCUAUUCCGCCUUGGUCAAGUUCGGCCUGCUUCCUCCUUUUGUGCUCUUUACGAUGCUAACAUUCUUUCCGCAGUACUGUGACGUGCCGUACGUGGAGACCAAGUGUGGCUAUGCCUGCUCCGAUCACGCCUCUGCAAGCCGCUUCGGCUACCCGUCCGCUUUUGUGAUUGAAUCUCAGUUUGAGAACUCGGACAAGAAGAUUCACAGCACGGAUGAUUUGAUCAAGUACCUCAGCUUCGACCACAUGUUGCAGCACGCCAAAAUGAGCCUGGCUUUUGCAUACGAAUUGGCAUUUGCUCCUUUCUAA